AUGCUUCCCACAACCCUCUCCCUCCUGUCGUGCUCUCAUGCUGACGCGGUCGCUGACGUGGCGGCUGACGUGGCAGAAAACCCCUCUCGUGGAGUCAGCAUCUUCCCCCAACCGCAGCUGCUCAUUCGCCAAGCACUGGCCACGGUCAAGCUGCGGGCAUGGUCAGCCCCAACUGCUCGUGGCACAAGCCAAACCGAGUCGAAUCAUGUUUCAGUCACUUAUAGAAUCUUAAGCCCGCCAUGA